AUGCCUUCUGCCACACCUCUGACGUCGAGAUCAAUAAUACCAAACCGGAGCGUUGAUACUGUCAGGCCACUGAAAGUCAUUUGUAUUGGAGCCGGCGUAUCAGGGAUUCUUGCUGCAAUCAAUCUACCUCAGGUGGUACGAAAACUCGAUCUCGUCAUAUACGACAAGAACGAGGAGCUGGGAGGAACAUGGUUCGAGAACAAGUACCCUGGAUGUGCUUGUGAUAUACCCGCUCACUGCUACCAGCUGUCCUUCGAGUCCAAUCCAGCAUGGACUUCCUUUUACGCUAAAGCCCCCGAGAUUUUGGAAUACUGGAAGCGGGUGGCUGAGAAAUACGACUGCCGCCAAUACAUGAAGCUGGGAUACAAAGCGCUGGAGGCACGAUGGAACGAAGGCGCAGCGAAGUGGAGAGUCAAGCUCGAAAAUGUCAAGACGGGAGUAGUAUUUGAGGAUCAAGGAGAUGCAUUGAUCACAGCCAUUGGGGCCUUGAAUGAGUGGAGAUGGCCGCCAAUCCCUGGGCUGCACGGCUUUGGAGGAAAGCUGUUACACAGCGCGGCGUGGGAUGAAAGCUAUGAUUACAAUGGCAAGCAAGUCGCUGUCAUCGGAGCUGGAUCGAGCGGCAUCCAGAUCGUGCCAAGCUUGCAACCAGAAGUGCAGCACCUCGAUCACUACAUCCGAGGACGAACUUGGAUAGCUGGGACCUUCGCCAGAGGUGAGAUUGAAAAGCGCCAUGGCGCAGCUGGCAACUUUGAUUUCACGGAAGAAGAGAAGGACGAAUGGCGGAAGGAUCCCGCUUCGUAUCUAACCUUUCGCAAGAACAUUGAAGCAGAACUCCAGGGCGGCCACAACGUCAUUGUGCGUGGAAGCGACGCACAAAAAGAUGCCCGUGAAUAUUUCACUCAAUCGAUGCGCGACCGCCUGGGCAAGAAGCCUGAAGUGGCCGACCAUAUACUGCCAGAUUUUCCGCCUUUGUGCAAGCGCCUUACACCAGGCCCAGGUUACCUUGAAGCUUUAACUGCCGACAAUGUCUCUGUCAUUCCGACUUCAAUCUCCCACGUCACAUCGACUGGCAUCGCCGCUUACGAUGGCACCCACCGCCCGGUUGACGCAAUCGUCUGUGCGACAGGUUUUGACACCAGCUUUUUAAAUCGCUUUCCGGUCUAUGGCAUUAAUGGCACUUCGCUAAUUGACAGAUGGAGCGAGCGUACAUCAAGCUACCUCUCCAUGAUGGUUGACAGUUUUCCCAAUUACUUCAUGUCCGUCGGCCCCAAUAGCGCUCUCGGCACCGGCAACUUCAUCAUGAUCUUAGAACGCCAAUCCACCUACUUCGCAUCUUGCCUGGCUAAAAUACAAACGCAAAACAUCCUCAGCAUGCAGCCCAAACCUAGCGCUGUCAAUCGCUUCGCCAACUUCUGUGAUGAAUACUUCAAGGGCACUGUCUUCAGCGAGGACUGUAGCAGUUGGUACAAGUCUGGCAAAGACGGCAGGGUGACAGCUUUAUGGCCUGGUAGCAGCUUGCAUGCUAUCCAGGCCCUAGACCAGGUACGAUGGGAGGACUUUGACUACGAGUACGUUGAUGGCAACGAAUUUGGCUGGUUUGGGGAUGGUUGGAGCGAGCGUGAUAGGAGCAAUGAAAUUUCGAAAACCUACUACUUAGAUAGGCAGGGGAUGUUGGAUUGGCCUCUGGACAAGACCCAGGCAAUAAAGAAUGGCCAUGGUGCAAUGAACGAGAAUAAGGAUGACUGA